AUGGCCGAAAUCCUCGAGAAGAUCAACGAGCUUCGAGAGCUGCCCGAAGACCAGCACCUCUUCUGCCCCCGCGUGGGCGAUGACGGCUCCGUAUACUAUGCCGAAGAUGUCGCCGCGUACCCCCCGGAAACCGAUGCCGCCGAGCUGGAAGACCGGAGGAUAAAGUUGCAGGCGGCCGAGGAACGCAAAUGGGCAGCACUCAAGGCGACGGAGAUCUUGGCAUUCGACGGGGAGGAAGCAGCGCCGCACAAGGAAUGGCUCAUCAGCCGGCUCAAUCAACUGAUGCAGAGCUGUGAUGUCUGUGUGAGGGUCUUUCAUCAAUCCAGGGUGGAAUGGCGCACGCGUCUGCUCGACUCGUACGACGAGGAAAACAUUGGCCCGUUUCUCGAGGUGGUGGACAACCAGUGUUUGGAACGCAUCAACAAAGCACUCGACGAGGCGACCGAGAUUCUGGGCAAAGCGGAACCAAAGACACGCUCGGUACGGCUGCUGCCAAACGAGUGCACCUAUGGCUUCUUCGAGGCCCUGAGCUGCGACGCCCUGGUGCGGAAUGAGGAGCUCCUCCAAAAACACUUUGACGCCCCGUUCGACAUGGUUCAGACAAAGAAGCGAUUGAAAGUGCAGACUUACCUUCCAGCCAUGACGCGCUUCUUGUUCAGCAGGGUCGAGCGGCGUCAAAGAUGGGCGACAGAGUCGUGGUCUACUUUUAAGCGGAACAUGCUAAAGUCGGAGUGGGAUUGGGCUGUGCGGGACUACGUCACAAGUGCCAUGAUGAAGAUUCAAAUGUACAACUUGGACCUAUCCAUGGUACCUCUCUUCUGGAGUGGUGCCCGGCUCAUAGUCACAAAGAUGGACAGGGACCUCAUCACAGAAUCGCUGCGAGGUCUUGAUGGAGACUUUUACCGGCUGAUGCUUGACCAUCUUUCUCUCAAGUCCGAGGGCUUCUUGGACUUGAUUGCGACCAUGAAGCUGCUGCUUGAAAAGUCUCCGGUAGACUACUGGGACGGCAUGAAUGCCGUAACGCCAUCCAUUGCAACGGUGGUGGAGCAAGUGUUCAACAGUCCUGUUUUCAACCAGCUCCUCUUGGCAGCUGCGGAAGAUAACGAGCAGAGCAUGAACAACCUCCAUGCCGCCUUUGGCUGGAUACCGCCUUUCCUUGACUCUAUCAAGCUGGCGAAUCUUGGUCCAGCGGUGCGACCCUUUGCCCAGGCACUCCUUUCGCGGUUCCAGUCAGAUCGAUACCCUCAAACUUCUCGAAACUACUGCUACAAGGAAGCACUCAAAGUCCUAGACUACGCCUUUCGCAAAAUGGGCGAAGGCAAGACAAUUGACAAGUUUGUCGGUCAGCCCACGGUCAACAGCAUGCUUGACGUACUAUCGACCUUUAUCCAAUCGCUUGUCGUAAACUUGAAGCGUUUCAAGGACAACAGGAAUCAAGAGGAUAUGCAGUUGACGCUUUCGGUGAUUGAGCACGCUUUCAAGCUCGAGGCACAGUCUCUGAUCAUUGAGAGACAAUUGAUAUCUGCUAAGCAGCCGUCACCCACCGAGACGCCGCCCUCGAGUCCCCUAUGGAAGACGGUCUUGAAGGCCAUAGGCCCCGACAGCUUGGAACUCGCAACACACAUGCUCAUUGCUGGAAGGGGCCUCAUUGGGCUUGAGCAGCUGCAGAUGAAGUCGGGCGUAGACAAGGUACCUCCGACAGUGCGUCAUUUCAACGAUCGCUUCAGAUUGCUGUCUCAAUCUAUUACGGAUGUGGUGGAAAAGAUGUCGGAAUUUGAGCCCAACCUGCUGCAAGCGCUGUUCGGGCAACAGCCUGCAGCGAGUGCAAUCGUUUCUCUCAUGUUCUCGUCUAUUGAUGAUACCCGCAACUCCGCUAUCGAGCUCCUGAAGGUCAUCAGUGGAGAGGAAGAGCGCCGCGGGGCCCUCCAGCACAUCCUGAAAGCUCAUUACAGAAAUGUGGUGCGAGGUAUCUCGGAUUCUGUCCGGCAGGUCAGACUGAAGAAAGCCUUUGCUCCCGCGCCCAGUAUGAUCAGGACAUGCAACGACAUCAUUGACAUCAUUUGCAAUACCCAGGACGGUAUCCUGCGUGGCCGAGAAUACGACUCGGACGACGCCGCAGCGACCAUGUAUUUGUGGGAGAAUCUAUGGGACUCGCUCACAAUGAUAUUUGCCACGACCGAAGCCUGGAGCAACUUGGGCUUUUACGACAAGCAUAUGAUGAUGGAUUUCUGCAGAGACACCAUGCAGUUUGCCGAUGUCUUGUUUGACCAAUGCAGCAUUUUUGCGACUGCCCUGAAGCCGGCUUCCAAUGACGACGAGGAAAACACGUCAAAGACGCAGCUGCUUAAAGAGCUGUUGGCACGACCUGCGAACGCCAUGGAGGGCCUGGCAAGAUGGCUGCGCCUCCGUGACGAGUUCUUGUCUAGCAAAUCUGUGACGCUCAUUAGCAAGCUCCUUGUGCGCCUACGUCGCGUGUCCAUUGAAAUCGAUGCAGACACACUUUCGUAUAUGGAGCGUGUCCUCUCAGGAGACGUGCGCGCAAAGCUCAGCGACACGCAACAGGCAGAACUGCAACAGGCACUGGAAGUGCAUCUUGGCCGUCCUCUCGUCAAAGAAGAAGAGCCUGUUAAGCCCAAACAAGCCUCCAUUAGCAAAUGGAUGGCUCCUGGUGCGGUGCCGUCACAAGCCGAUGCAAAGGCGAAGUUGCUUGCUAGCAUGACGGCCGGCUCUGCUAAAUUCCAGGAGCGGCGAGAGCAGAUGAAAGCGGAGACAAAAGCUGCACAGAAGGCAGCCGAGGAUAAGAAGAAUGCCACCCAGGCUGAGUUCAAACGUAAGCGGCAAUUGGACAAGGAAAAACGCGAGAGGGAAAAGGCUGCUGCAAUCGCCAAGGCCAAAGCGGCUAGGGGCAUCACUGCUGAAGCUGGUUCUGGUCUUGAAGGCUUGGGCGUCCUGGGCAAGGAACAGGCUGCAAAGGGUGAAGGCUUGAUGCAUUCGUCCGACGAGUCAUCAGAGGAAGAGGGAGAUAUCGAUGAAGAUCUCUUUGGUAUCAAGAAGGAAAAGGUCGCGGCUGGACCCAGGACGAACAUUGUCAAUGAAGUCAAGGUUCAGAUGCCAACCAAGAAGAAGCGGGCUCAGCGAUCUGCCAAGGACAUGCGUGCUCGUUUGGCACCUGACCUCAGCAGCCUACAUCGCACUAUUCUCGGCUGGAACUACUUUCACGAAGGCGACUUUCCUCCAAAGUCCAGACCGGAGCAGUAUUCCAAGGUCCUUAACACCUUCCGCACGCCCAACGACUACCAGAAUACUUUUGAGCCACUUCUGACUCUAGAAGCGUGGCAAGGUUUCGUCAAAGCCCGCGAGGAGAACCAAGCCAGGCCAUAUGAGAUACGAAUUACGUCACGGGCUGCGGUCGACAUGUUCCAGGAGAUUGGUAGUACCAUGACACAUGUCGAGAACCGGGAGGUGUCCAUCUCGGAAGGAGACAUUAUCCUCUUUUCACAGUCAAAGACUCCUUCUGCCGAAGAGCCGACAUGCUUGGCUAGGGUAUUCCGUGUGAAGAGAAAGCAGCAGCACAUUGAAGUAUCAUAUCGCGUCGUACCAGGCAACCCGCUCAACUCGGCGCUGCAGCCAAACAACACACUACUGGGCACCAAGCUGCAGUCGAUUACGCCUCUGGAGCGUGAGUAUGGUGCGCUCAAGGGUCUUCAGUACUACGAUCUCUGUGACGAGAUUAUCAAAGCGAAGCCCUCUCCCCUGCUCACUUACAAGGAUACUCAGCUCCAGCCACUCAUCUCCAACUACAACGUCAACACUGCACAGGCAAAGGCUAUCAAGUCUGCUAUCGACAAUGAUGCGUUCACUUUGAUUCAAGGUCCUCCAGGUUCUGGAAAGACCAAGACAAUCACUGCCAUUGUUGGUGCCAUUCUUAGUGAUAGCCUUCGCAAUCGUGGUACUAGCAUUUCCGUUCCUGGCCAGCAACGCUCAGAGGCUGCCUCGAAGAAGUUGCUGGUCUGUGCACCGAGUAACGCAGCCGUCGAUGAGCUGGUGAUGCGUUUCAAGGACGGCAUCAAGACGCUCAAUGGCGAGUCGCGCAAUGUCAACAUUGUGCGUCUAGGUCGAGGUGAUGCCAUCAAGGCCAGCGUGCAGGAUGUGACGCUUGAGGAACUUGUCAACAAGCGACUGGGUGUCAAUCCCUCGGACGGUAGCGACAAAGAGGCAACACAAAAGCUUUUCCAGGAGCACAAGAAGAUAUCCGAUCAACUAAAACAAGCCUACCAGCAGCGAGACACUGGCGAGGUCAAGGGUGAAGCUGCUAUUAAGUUGGACGACGACAUCAAUGCUUUGCGCAGGCAAAAGACUGCGCUAGGAACGAAGAUUGACAAUGUCAAGGACGACGAGAAGCUUGCUAGCCGUAACGCCGACCUCAAUCGACGGAGGGCACAGGAGGCAGUCUUAAACGAGGCACACGUCAUUUGCGCAACACUCAGUGGAUCCGGUCACGAGAUGUUCCAGGGCCUGAGCAUCGAGUUCGAAACCGUCAUCGUUGAUGAAGCUGCACAGUGUGUUGAGAUGAGCGCUCUCAUUCCUCUCAAGUACGGAUGCGCCAAGUGUAUCCUGGUCGGAGAUCCAAAACAGUUGCCGCCAACCGUAUUUUCCAAAGAAGCGGCGCGCUUCCAAUACGAGCAAAGUUUGUUUGUUCGUAUGCAGAAGAAUCAUCCAGCCGACGUGCACUUGUUGGACACGCAAUAUCGUAUGCACCCCGAAAUCAGUCUGUUCCCCAGUCAGACUUUCUACGAUGGCAGACUGUUGGACGGUGGCGAUAUGGCUGGCCUUCGCAAGCGGCCGUGGCAUCAAAGCAUGUUGCUCGGGCCGUAUCGCUUCUUCGACGUCAAAGGUCAGCAGGCCGCUGCGCCCAAGGGUCAUUCGCUCAUCAACAUUGCCGAAGUCAAAGUCGCAAUGCAGUUGUACAAGCGACUCACCUCCGACUACCCUGAUUACGACUUCAAGGGCAAAGUUGGUAUCAUUACGCCCUACAAGAGUCAGUUGCGCGAACUCAAGCAGAGUUUCAUGCAGGUGUAUGGCCAAACCAUCAUCGAAGACAUUGACUUCAACACGACGGAUGCUUUCCAGGGUCGUGAGAGCGAAGUCAUCAUCUUCUCCUGUGUGCGAGCGUCUCCGUCGGGUGGCAUUGGUUUCCUUCAGGAUAUCCGUCGUAUGAACGUCGGUCUUACGCGUGCCAAGUCGUCUCUCUGGGUUCUCGGUAAUUCAGACUCGCUCAUGCGAGGACAGUUCUGGAAUAAGCUUAUUGUCAACGCCAAAGAGAGGAACCGAUUUACCGACAACGAUGUGCCCCGUAUGCUGAACCAGCAUUCGAGCAAGUUCCCAGCACCAAAGGAGGGAUACGUACAGGCUAACCGCCCCACGCCCGAGGUUAAGCAAGAAGUGAAGACUGAAGUCAAGUCUGAGCCUAUGAGCAGGUCGGCAAGCAAUCAAUCGGGUACCUCGUCCGGCUCGGAUGCGAGGGAGAUCAAGCAAGAGAUCAAGCAGGAAAUCAAGAGCGAGCAGACGCUGGUGCAACAUACGAAGCGCAAGCUUGAUCAGGAGACCAAUGGCAUGGAUGGAUUGAAGCUCGAAAGCAGCGAUGUCGAGAUGGAUGACUUUGCAUCAGAUGCUGCCUCGAACACCAUAAACGGAGGCAGCGGCCGUUCAACGCCAGCAGCCCUUGCAGAAGAGUCGGCAGGCAGUGGCUCAAAUGGCGUGGCCGCACCCCACCCAACCGAUGUUAUAGGCGGCAUGUCGAUGGCGAAACCUAAAAUUCGAAGGCGUCCGCGGGAGCCAGCCAAUCCGUUCAUUAAAAACAAGAAGCCGCGAACCGGCUGAUGAAACAAAAGACCAGAUGGAGGAUACAGCGUUGAGGGGUGAUUUGAUUUUUUUUUCUCUUACUGUGCAUCAAACAGCGAUUGGCAACCUCUAUUGGCAUUAUCCGGCGUUG